GCGGAAGCGGGGUCGCGGCGAUCAUGGUGCCGCUGGGGCGGGGAAGGAGCCGCCGCCGGCACCCGAUGAGCCGUUCCGGCCGGAGCUCGCGGUGAGAGGCGCGGAGCCAUGGGCGAGAACAGCCCCGAGGGCAACGCCAUCUACUAUGAAGGGGAGGAAGACGAUUUAGCCCAGGAUGAAAAUAUGAUGAGGUUCGCUGACAAAAACGGGCUGGUGUCCUCCUCGUCCGGGACGGUGUAUGACAGGACAACUGUGCUCAUCGAGCAGGACCACAGCGUGCUGGAGGAUGAGGAGGAUGAAGGACAGUGCGGUGACCACUUGCCUUUUUUACCCGAGGGUCACGAAGAAGGAUUUCAUUUAGAUCAUGAAGGGAUGUCACAGGGUUACGUGCAACACAUUAUUUCUCCAGAUCAGAUUCACCUGACAAUAAAUCCUGGUUCAACUCCCAUGCCAAGGAACAUCGAAGGAGCAACUCUCACUUUGCAGUCUGAGUGCCCAGAAACCAAGAGGAAGGAAGUGAAGCGCUACCAGUGCACCUUUGAGGGCUGUCCCCGCACCUACAGCACCGCUGGCAACCUGCGCACGCACCAGAAAACACACCGGGGGGAGUACACCUUUGUCUGCAACCAGGAGGGCUGUGGCAAGGCCUUCCUCACCUCCUACAGCCUCAAAAUCCACGUCAGGGUGCACACCAAGGAGAAACCCUUCGAGUGCGACGUGCAGGGCUGUGAGAAAGCGUUCAACACACUGUACAGGUUGAAAGCACAUCAAAGGCUUCACACAGGGAAAACAUUUAACUGUGAAUCAGAAGGCUGCAGCAAAUACUUCACAACGCACAGUGACCUGAGGAAGCACAUCAGAACACACACAGGAGAAAAGCCAUUUCGGUGUGAGCAUGAUGGCUGUGGGAAGGCUUUUGCUGCAAGCCACCACCUCAAAACACAUGUUAGAACACAUACUGGGGAGAAACCCUUCUUCUGUCCCAGCAAUGGUUGUGAGAAGACUUUCAGCACCCAGUACAGUCUCAAGAGUCACAUGAAAGGUCAUGAGAAGGGACAUACCUAUAAUGCACUUCCCAAUAACAAUGUGUCUGAGGAUACAAGUCACUCACUUUGUCUGAGUGAUUUAAGCCUCAUAUCAACAGAUUCAGAAUUGCGGGAGAACUCUAACCCAACACAUGGACAGGACCUCAGCACAAUCUCACCAGCAAGCAUCUUUGAGUCUAUGUUUCAGAGCCCAGACCACACUGCAAAUCAGGAUGACUCUCAGCAGACAGCAGCUUCGUUGAUUGAAGCGUUUAACGGCGACGCAGACUCGGUGGCUGCGGUCCCGCCCCCAGCAGCAGACGCAGCCUCCCUGUCCCUCCCCCUGGUCCUGCAGCUCGGCCUCCCUGAGCCGGCUCAGGCAGCGCUGCAAGCCUCGGCAGCCCCUGCUGCUCCCUCCUCCAUCGCACCCAGCUCACAGCCAGCUGCGUUUGGGAAUCCUGCUACUGUUUUACAAUCCCCAGAAGUGCCUGUUCCUCACAGCACACCGUUUGCAGCCAGUCACCAAGACUUCCUGCAGCACAGCCAGCCUCCGCCGCAGCCCAUCGUUCAGGGACUGUCAGUGGUUGCUGGGGCUCCUGCCCCCACAGCCCCCAGUGCCACUGAGCCCCUGCCAGCUGUAGUUCAGACUGUGCCUGUUGGUGCAAACCCUGUUCUGACCAGUAACCCCACUAUAACCAUUACUCCUUCUCCAAGCACCGCCAUUCUGCAGCCCAGCAUUGUCAUGGGAGAGCAGAACUUACAAUGGAUCUUAAAUGGUGCCACUGGUUCCCCACAAAGCCAAGAACAAAUGCCACAAGUUCCAAAAGUAGUAGAAAAGGUGUUUUUUACCACUGCAUUACCAGUAGCUGGUAACACAGGAAACCCUGUGCAGCAGAUUGGUCUCAGCGUUCCUGUUAUCAUUAUCAAGCAGGAGGAGGCCUGCCAGUGCCAGUGUGCCUGCAGAGACUCUGCCAAGGACAAAGCCACCUCCACCGUGAAGAAGGAAUGUUCCUCACCUGAUUCAAAAGCUUUGGAGCAGCCAGCUUCCCGGCUGCAGCCUCAGACCUUUCCUUCCUCCUCUGCUCCUCCUCCUUGUGGGCAGAGCAGUCAGAUAGUUAACCCUUCAGACUCCCAGACUGAAACAUUAAGUGCCAUGGAUGUAUCGGACUUCCUGUCCCUCCAAAGCCCUGAAACCCCGUCUAAUGUAAUUCCAAUUGAAGCACUACUGCAGGGUGAGGAAGAAAUUGGUUUGAAUAGCAACUUCUCUAAGUGAAGAUGUUCCAGAUUUUCCUUUGCACCUGGAGGGUAAAACCCUUCUCCUUAGAAGCAGAAACUGAAGGAUCGAUUCUUAUUCCUUCCUCUUUGGAAGUUUUGUGGCUUAUUUCUGCUUCACGGAUGUCAUCUUAGUCACGUCCCAGGUACAUCCACCUUUGAGAUUCUAUCUAAAAAAAGAAAAGG